CGCUCCUGCAGACUGCGCAUCUCCCCCUGCCAGCCCCACACGGCCGACGACGCAUCCAUGGUCAUAACAACAACAAUCCAGAGAUUCCAAAAAAAACAAACAAUAUGUCUUCCUUAUCCUUAAGGGCUUCCCGAUUCUGCAGAACGAUCGUGGAUUCUUCACGGGCCAAAAGUCAAAAACAUCCACUACGAUGCACAAAAUCCUCCAGCGCACCCUCAGCCAGAAACGAUAGACACAUAGCAAAUGUCUGCUUGGGGUCUUCACUUAGCAACCAUCAACGUGAACCAUUUAUUGGCGAAUACUUAACAUCUGCGCAGUCCGCGCACGGUUUAAAAGCACAUCACUAACAUCAGCCAUAGUAUGCUGCUACCAAAGACUGGCUAUUCGCCAUCACUCUGACUUUGCCCAUCUUCUCCCCAAUAAUAAGGCUAACCGCCCAAAGGCUUCCAUAUUUUGAUAGCAGGGAAUAAUGGGAAUGGGCAGGUAGGUCGUUCUUCCGAGAUCUACGCCAAAUCCGAUGGCAAACGUGGAAUCGAUUAUACAGUGUAGGAUAAUCACUCCAUUUCCACACGGAUAACGCUUCACAACGCAGCACUUAUUCACGCUCGACAGAUCGCGUAAUAACACGUGCUUCGUAAAGGGAAAUCCUCCAGCAUACACGGAUGAUACACCACAUCCACAUUCAUUGUAUUCAUCUUCGAUAAAUUGUACAGAUUUCGAUCCGGAUAUCUUAGUCUUACUUAAAAUUAGAACGAAGAAGCAGCCAGGAAUUAGAAAAUGGGAACGAACGAAGGAAGAAAUGAAAUUCAAAAUUGGAAAAACACGACGUAGUCUGCCUUGGGAUUAUGAUUGUAUCGAAAUUCGAAAGCAUCGCAUCCCCAAGGCGGCUGUUACAAACGGAGCACAAUGUAUCAAACACUACCGUAUUCGCUGCACACUGCACAGUGAUGAAGAUAUGUAAACAGCUAUCAAUCUCGACCAAACACGUCCGACUACGCCACCUUCGUGACCCAGUACUGUGUGUUAUCUUCCAGCGGGACGUCGUCGGUGAGGCAGGCAAUCUGCUGCAGCACCGCUUCGCCCAGCGCUUUAAUAGCUUCCGGACGACCCGCGGCGGCUUCGGCGUCCCGUAGGAGGAGGUAGAGGAGAUUCUGGCUCUUUUCAUAUCCAGAAUAAUACCAUAUCCGUCCGUUAAUCCCCACCGCCCACUCCACUUGCACCUUCGUUCCAAUAUCCGUGAUCAUCGUGUGUUCCGCAGAACCAUCGGUUAAGCAUCUGAACACACCAAGUAGUACCGCCAAAUCAAUACUCUCAAACGGAAAAGCUACGAGUACAUCAAAGCGCAGAAAAAACAUAGCUGCCAGAAAGAUCCACCGCACUGCUAUUUGCUACAAUGAAAGCACCGCGGCUGCAGCCUAACCUUCAAAUUGGGACGGUAGCGUUUCGUCGCGCCACGGAAAGCCAGAACCGGGAGGAAACCAUUCUGGCGCUCCACAUUUCGUCCCAGAUCCACGACAAAAUACUGCUCGGACAAUUCGUGUCCCUUCCGCUUGAUCACCACACCGACCACAUCAUCACCCGCCGCCGGAGAAUACUGCAAAACAAUCAUUUUUCAGUACGCAAAAUUGCGCAAAAGAUGAUUCACGGGCCAGACAGCAAACAUCUCUAUUUGAAUUUGAAAAACGAUUUUUAUUCCUGGCUUCUGUUCCAAAUUUUCGUCACCACAAAGUCCAUGGGCAUUGAUUGUGCAGUCACAGAAUCACUACGUUGUAUUCAUCGACUACUGAUUGAUGCUGUGCGGUCUUUCCUGUUCUGUUCCACGAUGUCGUUUGAUCUGGCCAACUACAAACGCAUCAUGUCCGACGCCCAGCUGGAAGCCGUCAAGUGCGAGGACGGCGAGAUUCUCGUGCGCGACAGCCCCUCCCCCGUCGCCCCACGGACGCCCCCCGGGCCCCACGCCGCGGCGGCGCGGCCAUGGGAUAGUCCGCCGUGGGCCCGCUGCAGCCGCGGGCGUGGAUGGGACGCAGGACCUGGUCUAUCCUCUGCAGCACGCGCUGGACGAGGAGCACCAGCGUGGCGAAGUGGAUGAUCGCCGUGAAACCCAGCAGCAGAAUGAGAGAGAUGCGAAUUCUCGUGGGAAAUCACCGGUGUGUGUGUUUGGUGUGGGUGGGGAUGAUGUUGCGGACAUGCCCGCUCCCGCUGCGCCUCGCACCCCCGACGAGGCAGCACCGCCACUUCCGAAAAUUAAAAAGGAAAUUAAUCCGUACACCGCAGCGGACGGCGGUCCCUUGGUGGUGGACCACAACGACUCCUUCAUCCAGUAUCUCAACCACCGCGCCCACAACCCGCCGGGCACCGCCCAGUGCUUCCCUCCCGACCCCAGAGUGGAGCGGAUCCACGCCUACGCCAUGGAUCUUCUCAACAGUUCCUCCAGUACGGAGGCACCGCUGCAGCAACCGGUAGCCGGACCGUCCCACGCCGACCGCAGCUUCUCCCCGCUCAAUCCGUCCUUUAUGCUGCGCUCGGUGGGGCUGGCGACGGAAGCUUCGCUGGAGAAGCUGGGCAAGAUCCAUCGCAUGUUGAAUCAGUCGGGUGGCAUUAUUCCGUCGGAACCGGAAGCGCAGUUGGCGGCUGUCGAAAAGACAGAACGAGAGAGAAUGGCCGUGGAGGAAGAACGGGAGAGGUCGCGAUUGGCGGAGCAGGAAGAGAGGAGACAAAUGGAAGAGCGGGAUAAAGCGUUGUUUAAGACCAUGUCCAAGGAGGAAUUAUUGUCCUGGCUGCGCUUCCAGGAUUACACCGUGAAUCGACGGGAACGCGAUCAGUGCUCGGACUAUCACCAGCGGGUUGUUGCUGCAAUAGUUUAUUUUUUGUCUACAAUGCAGCCAACAAGCGUUGUGGAUUACGACCCAUUCAAAUUGCCGGUAGCGAGUGAGGCUACUGCUUAUGCGUCCCUUAUUAAAAGGCCGCGAUGUCUGGAUGAUAUUUUAACGAUGAUCCAAGGUUGGAAUUUUGAUUAUGACGAGGUCAUCAAUCAGCUGCUGCUGAUUCCGUUAAACGCUGUCAUUUAUAAUAAACCCACCGAUCUCAUCACAUCGGAAGCCAUCAGAAUGUUUGCCUUUAUCGAGUCUGUUCUCAAGAACACCGACGCCUUUGAUCCGGGUGCGGAGACACCGACCAAUGUGUCCCUGGAGGUGGACACGAUUUAUCCGGACGACACGGAUGACAAUGAGUGUUUCAUUCUGGACGCCGGCAAGACACCGCGCAAGCGGAAACGCGCCUCCCCCGAUUCAGCGCCCAGCACGCCCGCGCAGGAUACCAGCGCAGUGGCGCGGCACAAAAGGGAGCGCCAGCUGCGCAACGUCUUCUCGGCAGUUUGAUUGAGCGGCUAAGAGAAGGAUAAUGGUGGCUGAAGCCUCGGUGGCAGACGAGCCGGGGAGUUUGGGUUGUUUUUUUUGUGUUAACAAUAUUUGCUGCUUCGCUAAUAUUGUGAUGUUUUCGUUUUUCAAGGUUUGACGUUUUUACGGGGUCAUGUGAAUAUUUCCUUCUGUUGUGAAAAUACAGAGAAGUGUUUAUCGUCUGGGGCUAGCGCACCAAUCGUUUUCUGUGCUGAAAAUAUUUGUUUCUGGAAGAAUUGAUUGAAAAAUGCAUUUCUUUCCGUGCUUGA